AUGUCUGGUGCCAUUUUCAAAGCGAAAAAACAACGGGGAGCAAAUACUGCUGUGGAGCAGUAUGAAGAAUACAUAAAGUUUUUAGAAAAUGACGAACUAUUUAGAACUGGAACCAUUAAUCCAACUGUACCUGAAAAUUAUAUCAAACAAAAGUGGGAAGAAUUGACCAUUAAAUUAAAUUAUAAUUCAAAGGGUCCACAAUUAACUACAGAUAAAUGGAUUCAACACUAUAGAUUCAAAUAUCGAAAAUAUCCUGUAAAUAAAAAUAAAACGGGAGGAGGACCAAAAGUGAAAAAUCCAUUGACUAGUCUUGAGGAAAAAGCAAUUAAUGCUUGGGGAAAAGUUGUUGUUGGAGGUAGUUCUCUUGUGCCAGAAUUGUAUGGUGACAUAAUUCAAAACACUCCAACAAAUGCACACUCAUUUUAUGAAAAUAUAUUGAAAGACUUCAACAUUGAAAAUAUAGAAAGUAUGUUAGAAGACAAUGCGCAAUUCUAUUAA